AUGAAGCUCGCCUGCGCCGCAGCCGCCCUAUCUGUCGCCUAUGGCAUCGAAACAGAGCUCACCAUCAAGUCCUUCAGCAACACCGACUGCACCGGCACGGAGCUGGCUUCGCAAGAGGGCGUCUUCAUCCCGUACUCGAUCGGCACGGGGGCGGUCGGAUGCGACGAGUCAUCGCUCGCUCCAGUGUGGCACGACGCGUCAAACCCAUCGAACCCGUCGCCGUAUGACUCCUGCCAGCUGGGCAUCCAGUACACCUGCGUCCGCGGCGUGCAGGGGUGGGACAGAUACGUCAUUCCACCACGCCAUCCAGCCAUGGCGGUGUUCGACGUGAUUGUCGUGGCGUGUGCGCUCUACAACACUAUUGCAAUGCCCCUACUAGUCAGCUUUUUUGCUGGCCGCCGACAGUCUAGCACGGCUCUACGGUCCAUCUCGUAUUUAACGGAUGCUGUCUUUGUCGCCGAUAUCCUGCUGCAGUUUUUUCACGGCUUCGUCAAGGACGGCUACCCGGUGCUCGAGCUGCGGGCCGUGGCGCAACGAUAUGCUACCACCUGGUUUCCGGUCGACGUGGUAUCCACCCUUCCCGUGGCUUCUAUCCAUGUCGACGAUUCGACUAUGCAGCGCGCAGUGUUGACGCGGCUUCCCGUGCUGGUCAAGCUCCUGCGCACUGUCCGGCUGCGCAGGGUCACCUCGACCUGGCGCGGCCUCUCAGGCGGCAACGUGCUCAGAGUUCUGGCCGUGCUCAUAACCUGGAUCAUUGUCUCCCACUGGAUAGCUUGCGUGUGGUUUUGCAUCGGUUGGCUGAGCUGCCUGUUCAAUCCUAGUCACGACAGCUGGCUCACGUACUACUGGCCCGUGAUGCGUACCCAGUGCGAGGGCGGCGGCCUCUCACAGCCCGAGGAGCUGGCCCAGUUUGUCCCCACGAGCACAAUGUACGUUCGAUCGCUCUACUUUGCGCUGAGUACGACGAGCUCGAUGGGCUACGGCAACGGGCCGGCAGCGGUGCAAGAUGUCGAGUAUGUCUUCGCCGUGUGCGUGCAGCUCUUCGGCGCUUGCAUCUCUGCGGUCAUCUUCUCAAACAUCUCAAGCGUAAUCAACAAGGGCGAUGCCGCAAGCAUGCGCUUCUUCGAACUCACUGACCGAGUCAACGAAUUCAUCCGCUUCCACCACCUCCCCACCGCGCUGAAGGGGAGGCUGCGUGCGUACACGGAGAUGCAGUUCUCCCUACACCGAGGCAUUGACGCUGGUGGGGUGGUUACUUCGUUUCCCACGCACCUUCAAGACGACAUCUACUACCACCUUCACGAGCGUCUCCUUCGUCAAGUGCCAAUGUUCAACGCCGUCGAAGACGUGGGGUUCAUCAGAUCGCUCUCGAGGCGGCUGAAGCCACAGGUCCUCCUCGCGGGCGACUUCGCCUUCCAACGUCAAGAGGUGGGAGACCGCAUGUUCUUUAUCCAGAAGGGCCACGUUCAAAUCUGCAACGAUGACCAGAGCGUUACCUACGCCACGCUUGGUCGCGGCGGCUACUUCGGCGAGUUGGCGAUGCUUACUGCGACGCGGCGUAUAGCCGGGGCGAGGGCGCUGGACAACUGCAUCCUGUACGUACUCACCGAGGAGGCGUUUGAGGAGGUCAUGCGAUACUACCCGAACCACUACGAUACCAUCCUCGAGCAAAGCCUCGCCGCGCUGGAGGCCACGCUGCGCUCAAACGAGGCCACGCUCGAGACCCGCAUGAUAAAGGCACGGCUAAAGUCUGCGCUCGUCCGAGUCAUGACCGAGCGCACACAAGUCAGGCGCGGUGACAAAGGCCUCGGCGCGAACAAACGCGAUGGCGCGAACGGCUUCGUCGAGACUCUGCGGCGCGAGCGCAAGCGGUGGCGCCGACCGUCGUCAGAGUGCGAUGCCGUGGCAGGCGACACUCGCCGCGUGCAGCUGAUGCAGGAGAUCGAGGCCAGCAAGGAGAGCCUCUCGCGUGUGGCCGGUGCGCGACAGCUGCUCGAGAGCGCAGCAGCCGAUGGUGUGUCGAUCGCUACCGUCGCACGGAGGGGCGACCCCUAG